CAGAGAGCUCGGCCGACAGCGGGCGGCUGUCGGGCAGCUAUAACGGGGCCCUGCCAAGCGUUGCUUCCUGCUCCGCCCCGCCGCACCGCGCCGCUCUUUCCGGUGCGGGCCGCGAACAUGGGGACACCGCAAAAGGAUGUUGUAAUAAAACCCGAUGCUCCAAGCACGUUGCUUUCGGAGAAGCAUGCGGAAUAUAUAGCUUCCUAUGGGACGAAGAAAGACGAUUAUGAAUAUUGCAUGUCAGAGUAUUUGAGGAUGAGUGGUAUCUACUGGGGCCUGACAGCAAUGGACCUCAUAGGGCAGCUGCACCGAAUGAACAAAGAGGAAAUUCUAGAGUUCAUCAAAUCCUGUCAACACGAAUGUGGUGGGAUAAGCCCCAGCACCGGUCACGAUCCUCAUCUCCUGUAUACUCUCAGUGCUGUCCAGAUUCUUACUCUGUAUGACAGUCUACAUGUUGUUGAUGUAAAUAAAAUUGUUGAAUAUAUACAGAACUUGCAAAAAGAAGAUGGAUCAUUUGCUGGAGACAAAUGGGGAGAGAUAGAUACAAGGUUCUCCUUCUGUGCUGCUGCAACUCUUGCACUUCUGGGGAGACUGGAUGCCAUUAAUGUGGAGAAAGCAGUAGAAUAUGUUUUGUCCUGUAUGAACUUUGAUGGAGGAUUUGGUUGUAGACCAGGUUCUGAAUCACAUGCAGGACAGAUCUAUUGUUGCACAGGAUUUCUGGCUAUAACAGACCAAUUGCAUCAAAUAAAUGUUGACUUGCUGGGUUGGUGGCUUUGUGAACGUCAGUUACCUUCUGGAGGUCUCAACGGACGACCAGAGAAGUUGCCUGAUGUAUGUUACUCAUGGUGGGUGCUAGCAUCUUUGAAGAUGAUUGGUAGGUUACACUGGAUUGAUGGAGAGAAACUGCGCUGCUUUAUUUUGGCUUGCCAGGAUGAGGAGACUGGAGGAUUUGCUGACAGACCAGGAGAUAUGGUGGAUCCAUUUCAUACCUUAUUUGGAAUUGCUGGACUGUCUUUGUUAGGAGAAGAACAAAUUAAGGCUGUGAAUCCUGUGUUUUGCAUGCCAGAGGAAGUCCUUCAGAGAAUAAAUGUACAGCCUGAGCUGGUGAGCUAAGUCUUGGAGAGACAAAAGGUUGAUGUGCCUGGUUGCUUUGGUUUUGCUGAGUGAAGUCAUCUCAUCUCUGGAACGGUUAAAAGUGUUUGUGUCACGAGAGUAAAGCAACAGCUGUGCUGUGGGCUGUGUCACUUCCUAGACUGUAUGGGAACAGGCUGGCUCUAAUAACAGAGUGUAACAUGUUCUUUGGUUGUAUAUAAGAGAUGUAGAAACAUUUCUAAUCUGUAUUUAAGUACAUAGACCUCUGCUGCUUUUGAUUAUUUUUUUUUAAUAUAUGAAUCAAUGCAAUAGUGCAAAUGCUUGGUCUUUUGUCUUUCUGUGAUAUCAACCACGCUAGUAUCUAUCUUUUCACAAGCAUGUUUUGAUGGUAGAUCACACAAAGCACUUAAAAGGAAUACGAAAAGAAAAACAACAACAAACCAACCAACAAACAAAAUCCAUCUUAAGCCAUGCACUCAACGCCACACAUUUGUAAACAGGAAGAAUUAAAUACAUGUUUCCCAACACUUUUAUAUAGUGAGAAACAAGCUUUUUCUUCUGAUAGCAAUGGAUACCAAUGAAAAAAAAAUACGGUUCUAUUAAGUAUAUACAUGUCUUUGUUAAUGAGUCCCUUAGGCAAAACUUGCUGAUACUUGCAGUGGAGCAUACUUGGAGUAUGUAUAGUGAAACUUGCUAAAAUGAAGCAUUCUAGGGAAGGGCUCUGUAGGACAGUGGCUUAGAGUUGAUACUAAAUUUGUUGCUAGGUUGAAAUCUUGCUUUAUAAGAGAGUAAUUGUAAGCACUUGAUUAUGGUGCAACUGAGAAUAAAACCAGCUGUGGAAAAUACUUGUCUGAAGGAUGAAGUCCUCAUUGUCUUCACAGAAGCUGUAAAAUUGCCUCUCAAUUUACAUGCCAUGCACCCUGGCUGAGAAGGAAGGAUGUUCCAGUUGAAAUAGAAAGUAAAAGGUGAUGAUAAAAGGGAGGAAGUGUUUCAUAAUCUCUGUAUUUAAGGUUAACAAAGGUCUACAGCUAUUUCAAAUGGUUUUUAAAAGCUGCUGGUUAGUUUGAUUAAGUCUAUUUGCCUUAGUAGACUGUUAGCUAGAACUGGAUAAGGUAACUUUUUGGUAGACCUUUACUUGUAGAGAAUGUCAAAGAUGGGAUGUGGACUUGGAUGCUCAAGUGUUUCUAAUGAUACUUGGUUUUUUUUAAAGCCUUCUCUACAGGCUUUUAGGUAAGCUAAAACCCCUACUCUUAGCUUUCCAGUUGCCUUUCGAAUUCUUUGGUCAAAGCCUGGAAUUAAUAUACAAGGAUUGGGAAAAAGUAACUGUAGGCUGUGUGUUGAACAUGGUGAAAGCACUGGUGAGGUUUUAUCUAACUGUAAAGCUUAACAAAACAUUAUAAAAUAAAUUUUUCUCGCUCCAGGUUACCUUUGCAAGUGCCACUUCUUUUCAUCUAAGGAAACAUUGCUGAGAACAUAAGAAUUUGCUGAUUUUUCCACAUUGUACUGACAAAGUUGAACCCUCCUCAGAAUUUCUGGCCUCGCAUAAACUGAAACACCCUGGGAGAUAUGUGGGUGAUACAGCAUGACAGCGUAGCUUGAAAUUGUUAACAUUAAUGGAGUUUUUCUCUGAAGGAGGUCUGGUGAAUUUAAUUUUCAAAGUCAGCUGUGAUUUGUAAAGAUACACAAACUACAAACUUGAGAAUAUUCUCCCAUUCUUUAAAUCACUUGUUUAAAAUACUGUGUUUGGAGAGAGAGAGAGUCAUCACAACUUUCCUUAGGCAAACAAAAUCACAUUUUCUGUUAAAUACACUGUGAAAAAUAUUAUUUGCCCACUGUGUCUGUGUUAAGACAUAAUUUUGGUGCUGAAUCCAUUGUUACUGUCUACCUCUAUUUUGUUAAGAGUACUGAUUACUUUUUUAGAAUUAUUUUUAGCUUAUGUAGUUAGAAUCUUUGCAGCCAUUACUCUGCUGUUCCCAGUCUUCAGUUACAGGUGCUUUAUUAAAAGCUUUCAAAAAUGUGUGCUUUCCUUUUGUUUUUCCCAUAGAAAUCCUUAUAUGGAAAGGUUCUGACAUUGUCUUGGUACUUGAUCUUACAUACUGUAGUGUGGCCAACACUCCCAGCAAUAAAUUUUGCAGUAUGCUGUGUGAUAA